AUGAUUGUAUUGCAUGUAUUGACAAUAAUCAAACAGCAGACAAUUUUUAAUGUGUGUGCAAUGAUGGAUAUUAUAGAGAUGGAUCAAAUUAAUGUUAGAAAUUUCACAUUACCAUGUUCAAAAUGUGAGAAUAAUCCAUCUGGUUGUACCGAAUGUAUCUCUAAUAAAUUUUUGCAAUUCAAAUACAACUUCAAAUCUAAAGGCCUUAUUAAAUGA